AUGAAAAUCUCUGAUAGUCUUAUUUGUGGGCCUAUGGUGCGUGUUUCAUCGUUACCAUUUCGUUUAUUAGCAUUGGAAUAUGGUGCUGACAUUGUUUUCUCAGAAGAAUUAAUUGAUUUUCGAUUGAGUAAUUGCGUGAGAGUUGAGAAUGACUUUCUUGGUACUGUCGAUUUUAUGAUUCCUGGUGAAGAACGACCACUCUUUCAAACACAUUCAAUCGAAAAGGGCAAAGUUAUUGUUCAAAUAGGAACAGCUGAUGCACAACGAGCAUUGACUGCUGCCAAAAUUGUUGAAAAUGAUGUUGCUGGUAUCGAUAUUAAUAUGGGCUGUCCAAAAAAGUUUUCUGUACAUGGUGGUAUGGGAGCAGCUUUGCUACAUGAACCAGAUAAAAUAAAAGAGAUAUUAGAAACACUCGCAAAGAAUCUAAAAAUUCCAGUAACAUGCAAAAUCCGCUGUUUACCGUCGCUUGAAGAUACGUUGAAAUUAGUACGAAUAAUCGAAAAUACGGGAGCACAUGCACUGAUCGUGCAUGGUCGAACAAAAGAUGAAAGAAAUCCAAAUAAAAACCGUGAUGAGUACAUUAAAGAAAUUAGUCAAACAUGUAAAAUACCCGUUAUAGCAAAGUAAAUAAAAAGUUGCUUCAUCCUUCGCAAUGAUUCUAUGCCACUUCGCCUAGUGUCAAAUGAUCUGACAGCUAGAAAGAUAAUAUGCUCAUCGUAUAGCGCUAUCAAAUUUAUGCAAAAUUGACUAUAGAGUUUGGUCAGCUAACUCUGCUACCGAAGUGAAAUUUUGCGAAGGUUUUUUAGCAUUUUGUUUCUCUUAUAAUUUUCGCAGGACGAGAAGCUCAGAGAUUUGAAACGUCUCAAAUUAAAGAGAAAAGUAUGCUAAGAUUUUAAGACGUUCUCGAAGUCGAAACAUUCUUCUGUUCAAAAACUAUGAUAAAAAUACAAACAUCUCCUUUUCAAACUUAUAUCCGAAAAUGUUGGUGUUUGUAUUUUUAUUAUAGUUUUCGAAUGAAAGAUUGUGUAGAGUGCGAGAACAUCUCAAAGUCUUCAACAAACGUUUCUCUUUAACCUGAGAUGUUUUAGAGCUGUGGAAGUCUUGUCCUUCGAAAAUUAUAAGAGAAACAAAAUGCUAAAAAACCGUCAAGGAGUUUCACUUCGGUAGCACAGUUAGCUGGCCAAGCCAUAUACUUGUUUUUGAAUAGUCCUGCAUUUACUUUUCUGGUCAGCUAGCCUAUAGGCGGUACAUUUUACUUCUACCUAUGUAUUGUCCAUUAGUGUGGACAAAGUGUCUAAAGACGAAUUGACGAAUCGCAAUUUUUGGGCGUAAAAAUGAUGCAACAAUUCGCAUUUUACCAUUGUUUUGCGAAUUCGCAGCGAAUUCGUAAUUCAGUGCGAACUGAUGCGAACUAACAA